AUGGAGAUCAGACACAAACAAAAAACAGAUUCCGAUGUUUCUUCUUCUACUUGCUUGUACAAUGAAGCUCGCGAGGCCCGGGAGCUAGGGUGUGCAAGAGAGAGAGGGACAGAGAAAGAGAGAGGGACGAAGGUCCAAAUCUUUGCAUUCAAGCUCCGCAUCAAAAGCGCCCAAGGUCCAAAACGGGCACAAGCGCUGCCCGAAAUGGAAGGCGGCGUGCUACCGCUAGUGUUGCCGCAAGGUGAGGGACCUCAAGGCCGAGGUACCUCAAGGUCUCAGGUUUCCUUAUCUGACGACCUCAAGGUAACUCGGAGGUACCUUAAGGUCAUCACUGAAAAUUUCCCAUCCGCCAAAGUAGUGGCAGUGCAGGCAAAGGCCUGA